GUUAGACAGAUGCACAAACCAGGUUCUUGUUUAUGCUGUCUUUUACAUUGAACGAGGAAGCUAAAUGGCUAACAGCAAACUGGAUUUUGUUCCUCCAGACCGCAAUAGACUGAUGUUUAAGAAGGUGAAUAUGAGCAGCAGGGAUUCUUCCAUCGAUUUACAUGGUGUCUAAUGUUUCAACAGGAUGCUGCUGAAAAAUAUUCAACGUUAGCCAGUUAGCCUUCAAGUGCUAACGCUCGAGGCUCUCCAGCUCCGUGACUCCAAAUAGGCAUGCAGUGUACCAUGCUGAUGGCUAAAUGUCCAUUGUUUUUGAAGAAGAAUCCACCAUUCCUUGUGUGCUCACCUAAAAAUGGAAGAUGAUAUUGGAUUAUUCUGUGUACCCCAAACACACAGAAUGUUGAAAUCCCCAUUUGAAGAUGAGAAACCUGCUUUUCAUACAAACCAAAAUCCUUCUGGUCCCUCAGAAGCAUUUGUUCUGUCAGGGUCCAUUCAAGUGCCGUACACCAUUAACAGAUACCUACGAGACUACCAGCGAGAGGGGGUUAAAUUUAUCUAUGACAGCUAUUCGAAGUCCAGGGGUUGCAUCCUUGGUGAUGAUAUGGGCCUGGGAAAGACCAUUCAGGUUAUCAGCUGCCUGGCUGCCAUUUUGCAGAAAACAGGGACAUGGAAAGAUGUUGAAAAUAACAGGCCCGAGUUUUUGCUGUCACAGAUGCCAUCAAACCUAUCAAAAGUUAAGAAGAAGGUUUUCCUCAUUGUGGCUCCCCUGUCUGUGCUCUACAACUGGAAAGAUGAGCUGGACACAUGGGGCCAUUUUAAAACGGUGGUUGUCCAUGGUGUGAAGAAGGAGGAAGAAUUGGCUCGUGUGAACAGAGGAAGAUUUGAGAUCGUCCUGACAACAUUUGAGACACUAAGACUCUGUCUAGAUGAGUUCAACAGUCUCGACUGGGCCGCUGUCAUUGUGGAUGAAGUUCACAAGUUGAAGAAUAUCAAAUCUCAGAUCACUCAGGCAAUGAAAGGUCUGAAAUGCAAAGUGCGUGUAGGACUGACUGGUACAAUCUUGCAGAAUAACCUGGAGGAACUCUGGUGUGUCAUGGAUUGGGCCAACCCUGGAUGCCUCGGAUCACUAGGUAGUUUUAAGAACAGGUUCUCUGAGCCUAUCGAGCAGGGACAGAAACACAGUGCAACCAAGAGAGCACUGGCCGAGGGCCGCAAAGCUGUCCAGGUUCUGGCUAAAAUUCUUUGCCGCUCGUUCCUCAGGAGAACCAAAGCUCUCAUUACUGACCAGUUACCUAAGAAAGAUGACAGAGUGGUGUUCUGUUCCAUGACGGAUUUCCAGCAGGCAGUAUACCGUGCUGUGCUGAACACAGAUGACGUGAGGUUGCUGUUGCAGAGCUCGGUGAAGUGUCCAUGCAACAGCGGACGCUCAAGACAGACAUGCUGCUACAAGCUCACUUCAGACGGGGUCCCUGUCAGACACAUAUACUUCAGUUAUCUUGCGAUACUGAGGAAGAUUGCCAAUCAUGUCGCCCUGCUGCAGUCUAAAGAAGGAACCAGUAAAAAACAGGAGAAAUAUGUAGCUGCUAUCUGUGACCAAGUCUUUAAGAAGUUUCCAGACUUCACUGAAAGAUGCAAGGAGGCUGCAUUUGAGGCCAUGUCAGACCCCAUCUACAGUGGAAAAAUGAAGGUGCUGCAAAGGCUGCUUAAUCACUUUAUCACAAGGAAAGACAAAGUUCUUCUUUUUUCACUUUCCACAAAGCUCCUGGAUGUUUUGGAGAAUUUUUGCAUGGCUGAGGGUCUGGAGUACCGCAGGCUGGAUGGAACCACCAAGUCUAAAGAUCGCAUUCACAUUGUCAAAGAGUUCAACAGCACCAGUGAUAUUAACAUAUGCCUUGUGUCUACCAUGGCUGGUGGUCUUGGGCUCAACUUUGUUGGGGCUAAUGUAGUCAUCCUGUUUGAUCCAACAUGGAAUCCAGCGAAUGACCUUCAGGCUAUAGACAGGGCAUAUCGCAUUGGACAGUGUAAGGAUGUCAAAGUUUUUAGGUUUAUCUCACUGGGCACAGUAGAGGAGAUCAUCUAUUUGCGGCAGAUUUACAAACAGCAAUUGCAGUCCUCAGUUAUUGGAAAUGAAAAUGCAAAACGCUACUUUGAGGCAGUGCAAGGAGCAGACGGCCAAACAGGAGAGUUAUUUGGGAUCAGGAACCUUUUCCGCCUCCAGACUGAUGGAACUUGUCUUACCCGCCGCAUCCUGGAGAGGGAGGGCAGUGUUGAGUUGGGGAUCAUGACAACCAGCACACAGGCGAUGGAUGAGAAGGUACAAGAGCUGCAGGAUCCAGUGUGUGUGUCAACAGAUCCCUCUGGGCAACAGGGCAAUAUACCAUCAUCCACAUAUGGUACAAGUGCCAGGUUCUCUAAUGCCAAAGUUCUGGAAUUUAGCAGCUCUAGUGAGGAUGAGGAUCCCUGCAGCUCCAGAUCAAAAGCCACAUACGGAAAGACAGAAGAGGAGUUUAGACCAAAUACUGCUGCAAAUAUGAAUCUGUCUGCUCUGCUGAUGAAACAUAUGACUAAUGGGAUACAGAGAAGCUCAGAGAGCAGUGAAGACAGCCAGUCUGAUACAGAACCAAAGGUCUUGAACUUAAAGGAGUCCAAGGUAGCUAAGGGGAAAACAGACUGGUUCCUAUCCAGUGAUUCAGAGGAAGAAAUGGGUAAGGCAAAAAAAGUCUGUGACCAUGAUUGCAUGGAGGAGUCAGAAGAAAGAGAACUUCAUCACAGCAGCUAUACUAAAGCACAACCGAGAGGGAGAGAUGGUACUAAGGAAGAUCAGAGGCCAGAACGGGCAGUAUUAGCAAUACACAAACAAAGAUAUAAUGACGAGGUUGAGAGUUUUGACUCAUCAGAAGAUGAAGCUCCAGUGAGAAGAGUGAAGUUUAAGAAAAGUAUUCGACGCCCCUUUGGAGCACAGAAUUCAGCUAAAAAAUCAGUUCAAUUCACAGGUUUAAAAUGGCCAACUGUACAUUCAAGAAAGCCACCAAUCACAGAGACCAACAGCACCAUAGACACAUUAUUAGGUGGGUUUCAGGAGGUGAGCUACACCCACUCCAAUCAGAAAGUGGUCGGCUCGAGCAGGGCUGAGAACCACCUCAGCCGUGCUGCAUUACGGGAUGUAUUUGAACUAAGCACGAACUCCCAGCUCCCAGCAAACCAUCUGCAUGACACAUCUGAGUUAUCUGAGCCCAAAGAUGGUUAUAAGGAAGUCGAAAUGCCAGAAGGUCAUGACAAGACUUUUCUGAAACAUCAGGUCACCCACACCAUAAAACCUUCCAUCCAUACCAAAAGUGCAACUAUUAGUGUUGGUGAGACUCCUGCUGCGGUCCGCAAGCAGCAGCUGGAAGAAAUGGCGAGGUUCUUCAAAGCGAAGUCUGUGCAAGAGUUUGCAGAAGAGCUUGUGAAGUGCAGCUCAGCACAGCGACUGAGCAGGCUAUGCGAAUUCUAUAGCCACAGCAGCCCUGAGCUUGCUGACAUUAUUCAAAAGACCUUUUCAAAACCUGUGACUGAGCUGAAGCCAAGUAUUUCACCUCCCACUGCUGCAUGCAGUACGUCUAGAAAAAGUCCUACCUCGAAAAAAACCCUUGUAAACUCAGUUCAGAGAACGCAUGAUGAAACAGAAACAGGAACCUCACGAAAAAUUAGAAGAACUAAGGCACAAAAUGCUAAAGAUGUCUAUCAUCACUCUGCUGGUCAGACUGAGCUUAAAAACAACUGUUUGUCUUUGCCUGACUCAAAAGAACAAAAUCCAAGCUCUUCAAAAGACUCCCAAACCAAUGCAAAUGCAUGUAAUUCCAACACAACUUCUUCCACUACAGAAUUUCCACUUCUUUCUAAAGAUACACGAGCAGACAAAAACUCAAACACAACCCUUAGUGACCUCAUAGGCGACACCUCCAUUCUAGAUGAUUUUUUCAAGCAAAAGAGAAGUACAACCCGACCAAAACCAGCAACAGCACCCAUUCCCUCACCCACUGAGAGGGCGAAGAGCAGGUGUAAAGACUUCUGGGACAUUUUGAACGAGGAGAACGAAGAAAGCAUCAAUAAGCUAACAGAUCUGACCCAGGUGGAAAAGCUUUGCAGGACCGUUAAUGUAAGCGCAAAGCCCAAAAGUGAAAGCCAACUUGAAAACUCUCAACUCUGGAAGAAGAAUGAGAAAUUCCUUUGGAAAAGAUAGAAAAAGCUUUAAUUUUUUGUUUUAUAAACUGUGAAAUUACAAAGAAUGGUUUACAAAGUAUUUACAUUUUUAUCUAGUAAUGUUUUGUGUGUUUGGUCUCUGAUUCUAAAUUUUUAAAUAAAGUUUUUGUUGUAUUUUUAACUAUGUUUACUGAUGCAAUUUUGUAUACAUUUGUUCAGAAUUGGCUGCUUUUCUCUCGGCACAUAACACUUGUACAAUCCCCCUUUGAAACAGCCCAUAUAAUGAUGAUCAUUAAUGACUGAUGACUAAUGAUAUAUGAAGCAAACCUCCCUCCAUAACAGCCACAGACACACCCACACACACACACACACCCCCCAAUACGCCAAUACACCAAUGUGAAAAUGUUUAUUAAAAAUGGCAGGCAGCCAUGUGGCUCUUACAGUGUGGCUAUGGUCCAGCCUGACUGAACUUGAUAUUGUGCUGUGUAUGUGAUGGUGUUUCUGGGAAUUAUUCUGUUACCACACUGUAAAAGAGUGUAGCAAAAAAAUAAGUAAA